UGGGCGCAUGUCAUCUGUGCUUUGUACAUACCGGAAGUACGCUUUGGGGACGUGCACAGUAUGGAUCCGGUGAUCCUCAGUGAUGUGCCACUCGAACGGUUCGCAUUUUCGGCUGUUGUUGGUAAACUAGCUCCAUUUUUACCUCUCUUUCCCGGUGUCAGUGCACAUUUAGUGCGAACCGAAUUGAGACAGCGGUGA